AUGAGAAGUGAAAAUAAAAUUGUUGCAGCGGCGGUAGUGGUGGCAUUCUUCGUGUGCUGGGCGCCGUUCCACGUCCAGCGCGUGUUCUACGUGUACGGCCGCCAGCACCCCAAGUACGAGCUCAUCAACGAACACCUCUUCAACAUCGCCGGGGCCCUGUACUACGUCUCCGCUACCGUCAACCCGAUACUGUACAACGUCAUGAGCGGCAGAUACCGCAUCGCAUUCCAAGAAACCCUGCUAUGUCGCAAAGUACGGAGGGACUCGCGUCUCAUGAACCUGGACCACACGAGUGCCUCCAAGGCAUCGCAGUACCGGAAGAGAGAGUCCCGCAUAGCCUUCAUCAGUAAGGUGGACUACGUGAAAGACCAACCGGCGCCAUUUUGUGGCGUCAAUGGCGACAUCAAAAUGGAGGACAGCACCGUCUUCUACUUCUACGACGACAAGCAGGAUGGGAUGCAGAUUGACAGCUGCAUGUAAAA